ACUAAACCUCCAUUUCCCCUCGCUGGAAACUUGCCCCACCCGAAACAGCGUCGCACGAACGGUACCAGAAACCCUAGUUAUACAGAGAGACUGAGAGAGACUAGAGCAGACGACAUGUCGCAGUCACUGGAGCUUUUGCUGAUACAAUUCCUGAUGCCGGACAACGACGCCCGGCGGCAGGCGGAGGACCAGAUAAAGCGGUUGGCCAAGGACCCCCAGGUGGUUCCUGCGCUCGUACAGCACCUCCGCACUGCCAAGACGCCGAACGUGCGGCAAUUGGCCGCCGUGCUUUUGAGGAAGAAGAUCACUGGACACUGGGCCAAGCUCUCUCCUCAGAGUAAACACCUCGUUAAGCAGUCCCUCAUUGAGAGCAUCACAAUGGAGCACAGUCCGCCGGUGAGGAGAGCCAGUGCCAAUGUGGUUAGCGUCGUUGCAAAAUAUGCGGUCCCGGCUGGAGAAUGGCCGGAUUUGUUGCCCUUUCUGUUUCAAUGUAGUCAGAGUGCACAGGAAGAACAUAGAGAGGUGGCAUUGAUUCUGUUCAGCUCUUUGACUGAAACAAUAGGGAAUACUUUUCGGCCACAUUUCGCAGAUUUGCAAGCACUUCUCUUGAAAUGCCUGCAGGAUGAGACAAGCAACCGCGUCAGAGUUGCUGCACUCAAGGCCGUAGGGUCUUUUCUGGAAUUCACCCAUGAUGGGGUUGAAGUGGUGAAGUUUCGAGAAUUCAUACCCAGCAUCUUAAAUGUUUCAAGACAAUGCCUUGCAGCUGGCGAGGAGGAUGUUGCUAUUAUUGCUUUUGAAAUUUUUGAUGAGUUGAUUGAAUCUCCCGCACCUCUUCUUGGGGAAUCUGUUAAGUCCAUUGUGCAAUUCUCUCUUGAAGUUUGCUCUAGUCAAAGUUUAGAAUCUAAUACACGUCAUCAGGCAGUUCAGAUAGUUUCAUGGCUAGCAAAGUAUAAAUCCAAUUCCCUCAAAAAGCAUAAGCUGGUCAUCCCUAUUCUGCAAGUUAUGUGCCCAUUGCUCGCGGAAUCAAAUGAUGAAGAUAAGGAUGAUGAUCUUGCUCCAGAUCGGGCUGCUGCAGAAGUUAUUGAUACUAUGGCUUUGAACAUACCAAAGCAUGUUUUCCACCCUGUCUUUGAAUUUUCUUCUUUAAGCAGUCAAAAUGCAAAUCCAAAAUAUCGGGAAGCAUCUGUUACCGCUUUAGGUGUCAUUUCAGAGGGUUGUUUGGAGAUGAUAAAAGAUAAGUUGGAUCCAGUUCUUCAUAUUGUUUUAGGCGCUCUGAGAGAUCCUGAGGAAAUGGUUAGGGGGGCUGCAUCAUUUGCAUUGGGUCAGUUUGCGGAGCAUUUGCAGCCUGAAAUUGUUUCCCACUAUCAAAGUGUGCUUCCUUGCAUUUUGAAUGCCCUCGAGGAUGCAUCUGACGAAGUGAAGGAGAAGUCAUAUUAUGCUUUGGCGGCAUUUUGUGACAACAUGGGUGAGGAAAUUCUUCCAUUCCUUGAUCCAUUGAUGGGAAAACUACUGGGGGCCCUCCAUAAUAGCCCUCGUAAUUUGCAGGAGACGUGCAUGUCUGCGAUUGGUUCAGUUGCAUCUGCUGCCGAACAGGCAUUCGUUCCGUAUGCUGAAGGGGUUUUGGAGUUGAUGAAAAAUUUCUUGGUGCUUAGUAAUGAUGAGGAUCUUCGUUCACGAGCAAGAGCUACUGAAUUAGUUGGAAUAGUUGCAAUGUGUGUGGGGAGAACUAGGAUGGAACCAAUUUUACCCCCUUAUAUAGAAGCUGCAAUUUCUGGUUUUGGAUUGGAAUUCAGUGAACUUCGGGAGUAUAUUCAUGGAUUCUUCAGCAAUGUGGCAGAAAUUUUGGAUGAUGGCUUUAUACAGUAUCUUCCUCAUGUCGUACCCCUGGCGUUUUCUUCCUGCAAUCUUGAUGAUGGAGCUGCAGUGGACAUCGAUGAGUCUGAUGAUGAAAACAUUAAUGGAUUUGGUGGAGUUUCAUCUGAUGAUGAAGCUCAUGAUGAGCCAAGAGUACGAAAUAUCAGCGUAAGAACAGGAGUUUUAGAUGAAAAAGCAGCUGCAACUCAAGCUCUUGGCUUAUUUGCACUACAUACGAAGGCCUCAUAUGCACCCUAUUUGGAGGAAUCAUUAAAGAUCCUAGUACGACACUCAGGGUAUUUCCAUGAAGAUGUUCGGCUACAAGCAAUCAUUUCACUGAAACAUAUUUUAACAGCAGCACAGGCAGUUUACCAGAAUCAUAAUGAAGGACAAGCAAGGGCUAAGGAAAUCCUGGAUACUGUGAUGAAUACUUAUAUCAAGACUAUGACUGAAGAUGAUGACAAGGAAGUUGUUGCUCAAGCUUGUAUGAGCCUUGCUGAUAUCAUCAAAGAUUAUGGAUAUAUGGUUGUUGAGCCUUAUGUACCACGGGUUGUUAAUGCUACUCUGGUACUGCUUCGGGAGGAAUCAGCUUGUCAGCAGACAGAAUCCGAUGAUGAAAUUGAUGACGAUGAUGUUGUGCAUGAUGAAGAACUUAUGGACGCAGUUUCUGACCUUCUUCCUGCUUUUGCGAAGUCAAUGGGUCCUCAUUUUGCACCUAUUUUUGCUACGCUAUUUGAACCUUUAAUGAAAUUCGCGAGAGCUUCACGGCCAUUGCAAGAUCGGACAAUGGUUGUUGCCUGCCUUGCUGAAGUCGCUCAAGACAUGGGUGCUCCAAUUGCUGGAUACGUCGAUAGGGUGAUGCCCUUGGUAAUCAAAGAACUAGCAUCAUCAGACGCCACCAAUAGAAGGAAUGCUGCUUUUUGUGUUGGAGAGUUCUGUAAAAAUGGGGGUGAAGGGACGUUGAAAUACUAUGGUGAUAUAUUGCGUGGACUUUACCCACUAUUUGGGGAAUCUGAGCCAGAUGAUGCCGUCAGGGAUAACGCAGCUGGUGCAGUGGCAAGGAUGAUAAUGGUCUACUAUUCAAAAAUGCUUGUGUUUAUGAACUUCCUGAGAAAUUUGGGUCGACAAUGUCUGCGCGGUAGGCUUGAAAAAUUGGCGACAAGUGUAACCCUGAUAUUUGAAUCACCAAUAUCUACUGUAGGAUACUGUAGGCUUUGGUGCAUUCACGCACUAGUCCGAUGA